AUGGCAGGUUAACUUCUCCAGCCCUGCGGAAUGAAGCAGGUGCAUCUUGGUGAGGCUGUUCUGGACCUUCUGAUGCAAGGAGCCCAUAACAGCAGUGACGGUGCUCAAGACAAUGUGUGCGGAGCCAUGGCCACACUACUGCUGCUGUUACUCUGCCUGCUGCUGGCCAUCAGACACCAUUGGAUAGAGAAAGACCAUGUGCCGGGUCCUUGUUUCUUCCUGGGACUGGGUCCUCUUCUCUCUUACUGUCGGUUCAUCUGGUCUGGGAUCGGCACGGCCAGCAACUACUACAACAGCAAAUAUGGAGACAUUGUGCGGGUUUGGAUCAAUGGUGAGGAAACUCUCAUCUUGAGCAGGUCAUCUGCUGUGUAUCAUGUGUUGAGGAAAUCUCUGUACACCUCACGCUUUGGGAGCAAACUGGGUCUGCAGUGUAUCGGAAUGCAUGAACAGGGCAUUAUAUUCAACUCAAAUGUGGCACUCUGGAAGAAAGUCCGCUCCUUUUACGCUAAAGCUUUAACAGGUCCAGGACUUCAGAGAACAUUGGAGAUUUGCAUCACUUCCACAAACACACACCUGGAUAAUUUGUCACACCUGAUGGAUGCCCGGGGACAGGUGGACAUCCUCAACUUACUGCGGUGCAUUGUAGUGGACAUUUCCAACAGACUGUUUCUAGGAGUCCCUCUCAGAGAGCAUGAUCUGCUUCAGAAGAUCCAUAAAUAUUUUGACACCUGGCAGACGGUAUUAAUCAAACCUGAUGUGUACUUCAGACUGGCCUGGUGGUUGCACAGGAAGCACAAGACAGACGCUCAGGAGUUGCAGGAUGCCAUUGCGGCUCUGAUCGAGCAGAAGAGAGUUCAGCUGACACAUGCAGAAAAAUUCGACCAGCUCGACUUCACAGCAGAGCUGAUAUUUGCUCAGAGCCACGGGGAGCUGAGCACUGAGAACGUCAGGCAGUGUGUGUUGGAGAUGGUAAUCGCAGCUCCAGACACUCUCUCUAUCAGUCUGUUCUUCAUGUUGCUGUUGCUCAAACAGAAUCCAGACGUUGAAUUAAAGAUCCUGCAGGAAAUGAACACUGUCCUAGCGGGUAGGAGUCUGCAGCACUCACAUCUGUCCAGGUUACACAUUCUGGAGAGUUUUAUCAACGAGUCGCUCCGGUUCCAUCCGGUCGUGGACUUCACCAUGCGCCGGGCGCUGGAUGAUGAUGUCAUCGAAGGCUACAAAGUGAAGAAAGGGACAAACAUCAUCCUGAACGUGGGUCGGAUGCACAGAUCCGAAUUCUUCCCCAAGCCGAAUGAGUUCAGUCUAGACAACUUCCAGAAAAACGUGCCGAGUCGUUUCUUCCAGCCGUUCGGAUCAGGCCCGAGGUCAUGUGUGGGGAAGCACAUGGCUAUGGUGAUGAUGAAGUCCAUUCUUGUGACGCUGCUGUGUCGUUUCUCUGUGUGUCCUGUGAAGGGCUGUACUGUAGACAGCAUCCCCCAAACCAACGACCUGUCACAGCAGCCGGUGGAGGAGCCCUCGAGCCUCAGCGUGCAGCUCAUCCUCAGAAACGCUCCCUAAAUCAACCUCGAAAAUACCUGCUCCUCUGUCACUGUUAACAUGUAUUUAUCUACUGCUUUUA